AUGAGCAGUGCUACUGAUGGCACGGUGCAAACGGCACCGGCACCGGCACCGGCAUCGAACGAGCGACGUAAACACAAAGUGAUCAUAGUAGGCGCGGGGAUGGCCGGUCUAUCGUCGGCCAACCACCUGACGAAGAACGGCUGCUCAGAUUUUCUAAUCCUCGAGGGGCGCAAUCGUGUUGGUGGUCGGAUCGUGUCCAUCGACAUGGGCAUGCAGAAGAUUGAACUUGGCGCUAACUGGAUCCACGGUGUGCUGGGGAAUCCGAUGUUCGAGCUUGCCAUGCAGCACGGCCUGGUGAGCAUCAUCAACAUCCCGAAACCGCACAAAGUGGUCGCAGCGACCGAGGACGGCAAGCAGGUUCCGUUUCAGGUGUUGCAGGAAAUCUACGAGGCGUACGUUUGCUUCCUGCGGCGCUGCGAAGAGUACUUCCUGUGUCAGUACCUGCCGCCACCGGACAUACACAGCGUCGGCGAACACAUCAAGCUCGAAGUGGAUCUGUAUCUGAAUGGGAUCGAGUGUCAGAAAGAGAAGCGGCUAAGGCAGCUGAUCUUCGAGUGUCUGCUGAAGCGAGAAACGUGCAUCACCGGGUGCCAUAACAUGGACGAGAUCGAUCUGCUCGAACUCGGCAGUUACACGGAACUGCAGGGUGGAAACAUUGUCCUCCCGUCCGGCUACAGUUCGAUCCUGAAGCCACUGUGCGAAAAUCUGCCCGCGGAAAACUUCCAACUCUCGUGUCCGGUACGGAGAAUAUAUUGGAAACGGAAAGCGGCACGUCGCGCAGGGCCACUCAGUGCGACUGACACGAUCCUUGAGGAGGAUGAAGAUGGAGACGAGUCGGAUGACUCUGAUCGGACCGUCACGGAGGUACCGGUCGAAGGUGGAUCCGCUAGCAACCCAGGGGCCGAUUCAUUGGCGCACAAACUGAAAACCUCUACCGCGAACGUGCUGGUGGAGUGUGAAGAUGGCACCGUGUACGAGGCCGACCAUGUGGUCUGCACUCUUCCCUUGGGGGUGCUAAAGGAGCACAGCGAAUCCCUGUUCGUGCCGGCACUUCCCCAGUAUAAACUGGAGUCGAUCGACAGCCUCCUGUUCGGUACAGUUGACAAGAUAUUUCUGGAGUACGAUCGACCGUUUCUCAACGCAACCAUCACCGAAAUCAUGUUUCUGUGGGAUCAGGAACCAUCGGAUGCAAAAACGGAACCAUCGUCGGACGACGAUCCGGCACAACGGUUGAAGGAGCAGUGGUACAAAAAGAUUUACUCUUUCUCGAAGGUGUCCGAUACGCUGCUGCUCGGGUGGAUAUCGGGCCAGGAAGCGGAGUAUAUGGAGACGCUGUCACACGAGACGGUCGCCGAACGGUGCACUGAGAUAUUGCGCCAAUUCCUAAAAGAUCCUUUCGUUCCGAAGCCAAAACGAUGCGUCUGCACCAGUUGGAAGCAGCAACCGUACAGUCGUGGCUCAUACUCCGCCAUCGCGGUCGGUGCCUCACAGGAUGAUAUCGAUAAUAUUGCACAGCCCCUCUACUCGAGCCCCCAUCAAUCGAAGCCCUCGGUAUUGUUCGCUGGCGAGCACACGCAUUCGAACUUCUACUCGACGGUGCAUGGGGCCUAUCUGAGCGGGCGAACCGCAGCCCAGAUUCUACUAACGCCUGAAUCUCCGCAGGAGAUCGUGAUAGAGUCGGACAGCAGUGAUCUUAGCUCGUGGAUUCAGGGCAUCGCGCUGGACUAGUUAGCCUCCAUUCCUUCCCGGCUGCUUAGUGUUACGGUUCAUCGUAGUUUGAGCUAGUUUUAAAUCAUCUGACACACCUGACCGCAACGAUCGAUAACGAACCUACAACACGAGGUUGCUUUACUGUUGCAAAACGGAAAACUUACCAAAAACCAAGCCAACAAACUCACUCACCAACUGUUCCCAUUGCAUAGCAGCGACUCCUGAACAGGGAUUUAUUUGUUAAUUAUUUAUAUUGAUUUCAUGGCUAGAAACGACCUUCUCUUAUAGCAGCAGCAAUGAAGGUGAUUAUUAGAGCGAUCGAUGCAUGCUGGGACUUAUUGGGAAAGGUUAGCUAAAAGAGAAAACUAUCGUCCUUUCAUCAUAUGGAAAAAGGCUUUUGUGAUGGGAAUGAGACUCACACGCGACAUCUAUGCGCACACAAGCACAUUGGGCGUAGCAUAUUCUCCUGAUUUCCUGAAAGGUAAUGAAACGGCCAACAAUCAAAUCAAGCGACAGUUUUAGGUAUUGGAUAAUAAGUGAUAACGUAUUGUAAGAAUCGUCGAAAACGAAAGGGGGAGACACCAGUGACGCGACUCGUAUUGUGGAGCCUCGCAAGCUCCGAAAGACACCCAAUCGCCGUUAAGUAUUUAUUCCUGGCAGACGCAGAUGCGUAGCUUCUUUUUUUUGUCUGGUUGAUAUUCGUUAGGUAAUUAUAUGUUCUUCGAGUUUUGUGUUAAUUCUAGUCUUCGAAGGCGAAGAACCGCUUUGCACCAUUAGUAGUGUUCAAGAUUGUGGAAUAGGACGAUGGGCGACGCCUCAGUUUAAGCAGCCAACAGUAACGGAACACACAGUCUCCACAGCUUUGCUUGCGUAUCAGUUUACCAAUAGAAAUUGCAUUUUCGUUACACAUUCAACUGCAAAGCGCUUGUAAAGAUAAGAUAAUCUUGAAAACAAGAAGGUUCACCCGGUGCAAUAACGGAUGCUUGGAUCAUUAAUUGUACGAAAGAUGAUAUUCAUUUUUAUUAAGGAAAUUCCUAGCAAAUUCUACGAUUAGCAGUUCAAGAUUAGGCAAAAGUAUUGUCACAAUGAUUUUGUUCAAUUAUUCCUCGGGGUUUGCGAUAAAUUACACGGAUGAGUGAUAUGAAG